AUGAUCCGCCGCUAUCCCACUAUCUUCAAGCUCUUCUCUAUCCCCAAUCCUCCUACUCCGUACGUUCCAAGUUCCACGCUGCCAGCCCUCUCUCUCAGCUUUGCGUCCCUCACCCCUCCUGCUGUAGCCCUUGCUAAAAAGGAGUCUGCUCUUAAGAAAUCUAUCCCUGCCUGUCAACUUCUGCUCCCCCGCCUCUGCAAUGACCAUCUGGAUAAGUUUAAAGUUGUGGAAGCUUCUUAUGGGCGCGCUCUUGAGCUUGUUUCGUGGGACAACAGUUUGGCCAAAGCUUUGCCAUGGCAUGAUGAGGACGAGUCUCUGGAGCUGAUAGUUGACAGGCCGUUGAAAUUCAAACAUCUAAGACUGAGGAAAGAGCUGAAUAUUAAGAAGUGGCAUCAUGAUUAUCUGAUAAAGUUUAAGGAAUUUUUGGAUGUGUGCCCGUACAUUAGUAAUCUGAAAGAAUUGGUGAAAGAAUUGAUAAGGGCGGGGAAGACAGCUUGUGGUGUGGUGAGGGAGGUGUUAGGGAUGACUAUGGAGUAG